AUGAGGCUGAUGGAAUCAGUCAGGAUGAAAACCAGGAUGUACUGAAGCAAGAGACAAAUACUUGGACCCUGACAAAUUCUAGUGAUGAAACAGAUAAAAAAGCUGAACUAAAUGGAAACAAAAUCCUCAUUCAGAACUUACUUAAUGUGAAGAAUCAUCAGGAAAUAAAGACUUACGAACCCUCGGAAUCCAGCAGAGCUGAACUGCAAAAGAAGAGAGCUCAGAAAAUCAGAAGUCAAAGUGUAGAGAAAGGGAUGAAGGACAAAAACUUUCACAAUGGUAAAAAAUGUAAACAGUGUGAAGUCUGUAGUAAACGCUUCCAAUUCACUAGUGAUUUAACAACUCAUAUGAGAACGCAUACAGGUGAGAGACCUUUCUCCUGUAUAACUUGUGGAAAGAGUUUUAGUCAAAAAAGUAGCUUAUCUACUCAUCAGAGAACUCAUACAGGAGAGAAACCUUUUUUAUGUAUAACUUGUGGAAAAGGUUUCGGUAACAAAAGUAGUCUGAAUAGCCACAUGAGAACUCAUACAGGAGAGAAGCCUUUCUCGUGUUUAAGCUGUGGAAAGAGUUUCUUUCAAAAAAGUCAGUUAUCCAUACACCAGAGAACUCAUACAGGAGAGAAGCCUUUCUCAUGUAUCACGUGUGGAAAAGUUUUCAAUCAAAAAUUUAAUUUGAAUAAUCACAUGAGUACUCAUACAGGAGAGAGACCUUUCUCCUGUGUCACUUGUGGAAAAGGUUUCAAUCAGAAAUGUAAAUUGAAUAACCACAUGAGAACUCACACAGGUGAGAAGCCAUUCACAUGUAUCACAUGUGGAAAAGGUUUCAGUCAAAAAAGUGACUUGUCUGUUCACCAGAGAACUCAUACAGGUGUGAAGCCACUGUCGUGCAUUGUCUGUGGAAAAGGUUUCAGUCAAAGAAGCAACUUGAAAAGACACCUGAGAACUCAUACAGGAGAAAAGCCUUUCUCGUGUAAUACCUGUGGAAAAGGUUUCCAUCAAAAAAGUCAUUUGAUUAGCCACAUGAGAACUCAUACAGGAGAGAAACCUUUCUCAUGCAUAAGCUGUGGGAAGAGUUUCUUUCAAAAAAGUCAGUUAUCUAUUCACCAAAGAACCCAUACAGGUGUGAAGCCGUUGUCGUGUAUGGCCUGUGGAAAAGCUUUCAAUCAAAAAAGUAACUUAAAUAGACACCUUAGAACUCAUACAGGAGAGAAGCCUUACUCAUGUAUCACCUGUGGAAAAGGUUUCAAUCAAAAAUUUAACUUGAAUAGCCACAUGAGAACUCACACAGGAGAGAAACCUUUCUUGUGUAUCACAUGUGGAAAAAGUUUCAAUCAAAAAUGUAAACUGAAUAACCACAUAAGGAAUCAUACAGGAGAUAAGCCUUUCUUUUGUAUAAGCUGUGGAAAAAGUUUCAUUCAAAAAAGUGAUUUGUCUAUUCACCAGAGAAUUCAUACAGGUGUAAAACCUUUGUUGUGUGUCGCCUGUGGAAAAGGUUUCAGUCAAAGAAGUAACUUGAAUAGACACAUGAGAACUCAUACCGGAGAGAAGCCUUUCUCGUGUGUCACCUGUGGAAAAGGAUUCAAUCAAAAAUUUAAUUUGAACAACCACAUGACAACGCAUACAGGAGAGAAGCCUUUCUUGUGUAUCACCUGUGGAAAAAGUUUCAAUCAAAAAUUUAAAUUGAAUAACCACUUAAGAACUCAUACAGGUGAAAAGCCUUUCUUGUGUAUAAAAUGUGGAAAAGGUUUCAGUCAAAAAAGUAAUUUAAAUACCCACAUGAAAAAUCAUACAGGAGAGAAGCCUUUCACAUGUAUCACUUGUGGAAAAGGUUUUCAGUCACAAAAGUAAAUUGAGCAGCCACACGAGAACUCAUACAUGAGAGAAGCCUUUGUUGUGUAUCCCGCACGGUAAAGGUUUUAUUUAGAAAAGUAAUUUGACAUGCUACAUGGGAACUCUUUAAGGAGAAAUACUUUUACUUUUUGUUGUUGAGGUACACAAGGGCACAGGAAACCCAGCAGAUUGCAUUGGGUCACUGACCAGCAGAAUAACUAAUUCAAUUAAAUAAAAUUGUAUUUAUAUAGCGCUAAUUCACGAUACACAUCAUCUGAAGGCUCUUUCCAAAGUCAG